CUUCAUCCGUAAGCAACUUUCUAAAAUCCUAUUUUCGUUACAGUUAAAAAAAGUACUAAAUCACUGAACAGUACACGAUUUUACACUAUAUACUCCUACAUUCGAGAAUAUCAUCUAGAAUGCGAUACAGUUGCGUCAUAUAACUCAGAAAACGUAAAUAAAUUAUAUGCAUGCGCUACAAGUCGUUAAUAAUACACAAGCUAAUUACACCUGAGUAGACCCGAUUCCUGAAUUCACACUACCGAAACAGUGACGAGAAGGCUCUAAUAAUUAACAAAUGGGCACAAAGUAAAGCCCAAGUUGAGAUUACAACGGACUCAAUUAUUAUUUUUAGAUAGAUAGAUUAUGAUCUGUAUGACCAGAUAAACUGCGUGUCAUAUAGCAUAGUAAUACGAUUGAUUAGGCAGUCCUCUUCAUUGAUGAUAUGUUUUGAUAAAAAGAGAGAAACCGUCAGAGAGUGAGGCGGUCCAUUCGAGUUAUUAACCUCACCUCGUUAUUUUUUUUAUAUUCCUUUCUGAGUGGUCCUAUAGCCGUGCGUAACUGUAGUUGUGUCGAAGUGUAUGAACUCAUAUACAACGUGCGUAAAAGAAAACCUACGUUGAUGUAAAGCAGGAGCUCGCCUAUGGUGUCAUGGCAAAUCAAGAUGAGGAUGACUUCGAUUAUGGAAGUGAUUGGCCUCCCGCUGCGCCUAAAGGAACUCGCAAAGGCUUUACGGCAAGGGACGAUUAUCUUAUCAUUCAAUACCUUUUGAAAACGAAAGAUAUUACUCAUCUUAAAGGGUACCAGGUUUGGAAACGUUUGCAACACAGCCGUAAGUAUAACUUUGGCGGAUUUCGUUAUCAGUCACUGCACGAACGUUGGCGCAAAGUUAUUGAGCCUUCGAUCGAGCGCUAUGGCCUCAAGGACACAGAAAUGGAGAUGCUUUUAAUCAAGCCACCGGGUUACUUCGCAAAUAAACGGAAAAUGGCAAGAAAACUGAUGUCCAAACCAUCUGAAAAGAAAAGUCUAUUGGACCAGUUUGAUGACGACGUUGAACAAGCGGACAACAGUGAAGGUCAAAAUGAUACAACGUCGUGUACAAGUAGGAUAAGGAUCAACGACUCAGGUAGCGAUAGUAGUUACGAACCGGGCAUCGAAGAAAUUAGCAGCGAAAGACAUACAUCUUCUAGUAAUUCUGACACUAGCGUCGAAGCUAGUCCAGUAAAAAAGCGAACGUCACCGCGUGGGAACGAAUUGAUAAAAAAAGCGUCGGAAUCAUUUUCCCCCGAGGAAGGUCCCGCUGUAACAAAAGGCAGUCUCCAGAAUCGACAUGUAUCGUUUUCGACGCCUUUAACACAAGAGUCAACGAAGCAGCGUGACGGUUUUUACCAGCGGAAACGCACUUUAUAUCAAGAUGUCGAUUCUCCGAUUAUCGUCGGCUCUAUAAUUUCUGAGGAGAAGGCCGCCCUAGCUGACCGUCUGCUGCCUGGCGGUAGCCGACCUGACUUGAAUGGCACUUUUCAAGCUCGUCGGACGGCAUGCAGCACAUCAGAUUCUACCGAUUCUGAGACUAUCAGAAUUUCUUCGAACGAUGAGUCUUAUGCGCGACGAAAUACACCAAAAAACCUUACGGCCGCCAAAACAAAAUUUACGAUGGCGGCUGUGUCGAGGACCUUACCUCAACUUAAACUAUUCCCUACUUCGUCGCAAGAUUUGUUACGGGAAGCGGUUACUGACACGGCUUCGAUGUCUUCACCCGAACAUACGGGCUCACUUAGCUUCAGUCGGGACACCCACAAUGCGGGUAAUGAACGCGAAGAAGAAAGCUUAGAUAGAACACUGGUGUCGCGUCGACUCGUGAAAGAUCUUGAUUCGGACGAGAAGACGGAUAGUAUGGAGAUGCUACCCUCAACAUCCGUUUUGCAGGGGAACCCUUGUUCCGACGUCAAUGCAACGAGCAGCACUCGAACCGUUCGGAAGAGAUGUCCAUCAGCAAAAUCGCAUCGAUUUCAAAAAAAGCCUCAUAAUAGUAACUUAGUGGGUAUAAAGGUAACACGUCCCAGUAAGGUUGAACACCGACAUGGUGCUACAGUCGCUGAUGUCGAUGUCAAAAGGGAGAAAACUAAAGUUUCUAAAAAAGAUGAUACUCCAGUCUGUACGGCUCAGGCACCGGUGAUGAAGCAAGCAGAAGAAAGAGAAUCGCCUGUGGAGAGCGAGAAUAACGAGACGAUCGUAAUGCCAUUACGAAAACUUGACGUGCUAGUGCCGUGGGCUGAAAAUCAAUUAGCGGCGGCUGUCUUCAAUGAGACCAUUGAUGAUGCUCGACAUAAAACUCAGCCGAGUUUGCCGGCCGCUGGCCGUAUCCAACACCCUCGCCCGGCUAAUGUUAAAACAUCGACUCUCACUAAAAAAAGUUCGCCUACGUUGGCUCGAGCAAGCGCUUGUUUGUCCUUCGUGGAGUUGAGCAGGAAAACUGGUACGCAGUCUCUAACCAGAUCCUGCAUAAGUACAAUGUCCGACUCACAGGUUAACCUAGAUCCUCCAGAGACUACCUUGAAUUGCAGUUCGUCUUUAGAAGACCUGUUAGAUGUCAGCAUAACAACGCGAUGUAGCGUGCCUUUACCAGAGCUUUCAAACAGAUGGGCAACUCUGUUGAAGUCCCUCCGAACCUCGGUGGAAGCAACAUUACGGAGUCAUGACAACGGAGAUCUUGGGUCUCACGCGGGCUGUCCUGGUCUAUUGGAGUACCUAGAUAUGUGGUCUCAACUGAAGGUUCUCAUCGAUAAAGCCAACUCGGUUGAAAACGGCAGUGUCUUAAGACGUUGGCGUGAAUCUCGUAUAAGCUCACAUAUCUCCGACAUCUUAAUGAUGCCAAUGUGUCUUCCCGCCGAUACGAAUCCAGUCUCGCUACCUCAAAAGCCCUCCGCUGAUCCUUCUGUCAUCUGCAGUCAACUGAGAGCAUCUGAAUGGCGAACUCUAGUCGAAGCAAUGAGUAUCCUGCGGGAUUCAGCGAUGGCGACAAUCACUGAUGAACGAGAGGAUUAGCAAAAUCAACAACAAAUAUCUAUCAACGCCGUAGUCGCGAGAAUCGUUUGCAUCAUAGUGCAGAUAAUUUAUGUUUGACAUUUAUUAUAUUGACUGAGAUGUCUGUUAUAAUAAUAUGAAAGUCGUUUACGCUAAACAACGAAAAACCUGUAUAAAGGGUUAUGAUUCUAGUGCCAAGUUUGAAUUGCGGAUUAAAGCGUAAUAUGUAAAUCCUAAGCGCAGAACUUGGCUAAUAAUGAAAAACAUACACUUAUGUUUCAAAACGCGCCAGAUAAUUUUCAAGCAACAUUAUCACUGAAUUUUUUGUGAAAUGAAAAAAGUUGGUUUUUGAAAUGUCGUCGUAAAUUCCACCAGCAGUGCUAAAUGUGCUUACAUUUGAGGACGGCAAAAUGUCCGAAUGAGGUACUUGUUGUGAAAAAGGAAUAGAUAGAUAUAGAAGAAUCUGUCGACAAACUAUUUAAAACAUAUUUUACGUAAAUAAACCGAAUACCUAAUUGGCCGGCAUGGGGACCAAUAUAAAUCGGUCGAAAGAAAAAAAUUCUAUAAUAAAUAACGAAUUUCUUCCGCAUGUGAACAUGCCUGCGCAACUGAGAUAACCUACUUAGGUUUAGACUUACAAACGUUUGUAAGAUAAUGAAUCGCAAUCAUAACGAUUAAAGGCCACAGCGACACCUCAAACAUCGGAAUUUAUUUAUCCAUAUAUGAUAUUAUUAGAGGCAUUUUUCUGUCCAGUCGCCCUAUUAAAAUGCCCUACAAGUAGUCACUUUGAUUUGAUUAUACGGGCUAUUGGAGCUAAGUCGCGUAUUAGAGUUUUUCGUCAUAGGUUGAGCAUUUUUUCAAUAGGUAAGUUCUUCUCACAAGGCAUAACAUAUAAAGUUUAGUUUUUAUAGGCGAUUUGUUCAACAAUCAUUGAAUGUCUUCUAAAGGUUUAUAUUAAAAGGCUAUUUUUUUCUUUCAAAUUCUACAAAAUAAGAAUUAAUUUGCUUUAAGAUUUUUUGAACUCUUAUAAAAGGAAAAAUGCUGAUUUUUUUGCAUAAAUGAUUAAGGAAUUAUAAAACGUAUCGAUGUGGACGAUCGUAAACUGAUUAUUUGCAACGGAAAAAUGAGCUGAAAACAACACAAUAUUGGUAUUAUGAAAGCAUUCCAAUGGUCGAACGACGGCAAACUAGAUAUAUAUUUAAAAUGGUGUCCCGAACUUCGCUAGCUUUGCAUCAAGAUAAUGGGAUCACGAGUACAGGGUAGCGGAAUCAAUGCAGUAAAAUAACUACGAAAAAGUUUAUGUUGGACCUCACUACUCACUGUGAGAGAGAAGGGAAACACAAUUCCACCAAGGAAAUAGCAUAACUGAGACAAGGUAAUUGAUCCACUGAAUAAGAAAAACAAAAUUACUAUAUAUGGCUGCACCAAUAUAACAGAAUUAGUGGUACAGGAACUCAAAAGCUUUUUCAACGGUCUACUGUAUGAACAAGUUUUAAAAACUUGUAAAAUUACCUCCUUGGUAGACCAUUAAGGACCAGCCCCAUUGCAAGGUUCAGCCGAAGUAUUAUAUCUUGCUCAGCUUAUCUGGGCCUAUGAAACGGUACGUUGACUAUUUGCCAAGCUGUAAUUUGGGUUAGCGAUCGUCGUAUAUUUAACUCAAAAAAAACUCAAACCAGAAAAGUGUAAACGAAAGCGCAGUCGAGUAACUCUCCAUCUCUUCAUGCUAGAUGGAACAUAACACCACAUAGAUACCAUUAACAUAGCAGCAAAACACAAAAACUGUUAGAGCAUUGCAAUGGAGGAACGGAAUAGCUGCAAAAGGGUUAUUGCAACACGGUAAUCGUUUGUGCAUAGAGAGGUAUAGUAUAGUAGUAUGCAUAGAGUAGGUAUAGUAGUAAUUAACUCUGAUGUGAUUUGAACGAGUCAGAUAUGUUGAAUUAACCCACGACAAUAUGGGUGUGAGCCAAAAUUGGCAUGUUUAAUCCAACAAAUUCUGAGACGACAGCGCGUAGUUGUCGGAGAAAUAUUUCAUCCCGAUUACCCACAGUUACGAAAAUAUUAAGAUUUUGGAUGCAAUUCGAGUGGCAGAUGCAAGAGCCCUGAAAAUUAUAACAAUGCAAAACAAAGGAAUAUAACUGAACUGUACUUAUCAAUUUACGUUGGACAUCUUUUUGAUUUGAUCGUAAAUGUCAAACAAAAUAAGCUGCAAAACGACUGAUAUACUAAACGACAUUUGUGCAUUACCGUUGGCAUAAACCCCAUUGAAAGUACUGGUUGACUCUUCAUUUACGACUUACAGAUAUGGAUAGAAUGUUAAGGUAAUAAAUCAUAAACAAAUGUGAAUUAAACUUUUUUUUAGAAAAAAUACUUAAAGUAUUGAGCUAGCUAUCCUAAUUAUUUUUCCCAUUCUUGCCUGGGUGAUCGAGGCCCCAAAAACACAGCCAAAGUGGCGUGUGGUAUCUUAGUCUCUGUAGCUAUAGUAAAAAUAACGUAUCCAACCGGCGAAUUCUGGAAAGAUUUCAAACAAAACUGUUCUGUGAUACGUUCAGAUGUGGAAUAUUUUUUAAUCUUAAACUCUAUUAUUCACUUUACAGCCUGAACUUUCAAAAGCUAGCAUUCGCCUAUAACCACAUUUUUCACAAAAAGAUACUCCCAAGUAUAUGUUUCUAGGGUCCAAUAAUGCAGUUUUGACUUCCCCUUCAAGACGUUUUGAACUAGCAUAAAUGUUGUUAUUAAAACGACUAGUUCAUUUUCAACACUAAGCAAAUUAACAUUUCGAUCCAGCUACAUGCCUUAAUAGGUAAAGUCAGAACCCAUGUAGAAUAUAGACUUGACCUGCCUAGGUCUUUUCU